AUGUCUGCUUUCUCGGAUCAGGACUUCGACUCCAAGGGCUACGCCCGGUUUAGACCGAGCUACGACGACUCUCUGUACGAGUUCAUCGUGCACUAUCACGAGGGUGGUGAUGAGCUUGCGGUGGACAUUGGCUGCGGAUCAGGCCAGGCGUCGUACCCACUGACUCGUUAUUUCAAACGAGUCAUCGGCACUGACCUGUCUGGCACGAUGGUGGCGACUGCGACGUCCAGGGCUGAGGAGGAGCCCUCGCUCAGAGGGAGAAUCUCGUUCCAGCAGAGUCCUGCGGAGGAGCUGACCUUCUUGGAGAACAACUCCGUGGACCUGAUAACCGUGGCCCAGUGUGUCCAUUGGUUCCAAUUGGACAAGUUCUUUGACGAGGUGUACCGUGUGCUCAAGCCUAACGGGACCAUUGCGAUCUGGGGCUACGCAGACCCGGUUUUCAACGACCCAGUGGCUGAUAGACUGAGCAUGGAGUUCACGUAUGAAGACCCUACAAAGCUGGGUCCCUACUGGGAGCAGUCAGGCAGAAAUAUCCUUAGAGGACUGCUGGACGAUGUUAAGGUGCCAGCUGAUAAGUUCAAGGAUGUCGAGACUUUCAAGAGAACACCUGGCGAUGCUCUGAAUAAUAGCACCUCUUCACCCUUGAGUAUUAAAAGAGAAAUGCCGUUGACAUUUUAUGGCAAUUAUGUAAAGACAUGGAGCUCCUACCACAACUGGAAACGCUCUCAUAAGGACCAAGCCGAUAUCGCGGACUUAUACUUGUCAGAGCUACAGUCGAAGAUGAAGUGGACUCCAGCAACCACUGUCAAGUUAGAAUGGCUUACAGUGCUUAAACUUGCUAGAAAGAUCUGA